AUGAAAGGAUUCAAGAAAAAUAGAGAUGUGCCUCGCAAAGUUUACGAGUUAUGGGAGAUCACGGAGAAGUUUGGCAAAUAUCAGGCAUUGCAAUACGCUUGCAUUUCCUUCGGGACAAUAUUCGUUGCAAUUGUCAAUAUUAAUUAUAUAUUUAUUGCUAGUGACCUUAACUACAGAUGUCGAAUCACAGAAUGUGAGACUACGGAAGCUGCAUAUGAAACCCCACCGUGGGGGUCAAACGUGUCCGUAGACAGGUGUUCGAAGCCCGUUCUGAACGAAAGCUGGUCGCAAACACAGUCGUGUACGGCCGACAGUUUCUCCAGUUCUAUAGAACCCUGCACGCAGUGGAUCUACGAGAGUAACAACACCAUUGUAGCGGAUUUGGACCUGGCCUGUGAACCUUGGAAGAUGAACCUGGUGGGUACAGUGCAUAGCGCCGGUAUGCUGAUCUCCAUGAUUGUAGCCGGCUGGAUAGCAGAUAGGUUUGGACGUAAACCAGCCGUAAUAUUCUUCGUAGUGGGCACGUGUAUGGGACACGUCAAGACUUUCGCCACGUCCUAUUAUAUGUACAUAGCCAUAGAGUUCAUUGAAGCGGCAAUUUCCGGAGGUGCUUUCACUGCCAGUAUGGUACUCUUGAUAGAAAUAAGUGGAAAGAAACAGAGGCUUUUAUCUUCUGUGCUAUUUGCGUACGCCAUUUACGUUGGAGAAUCACUUUUCGCUGUCCUUGCAAUGUUUAUUCCAUACUGGAAAACUCUUGCACGCAUCAUAUACACACCAGGGAUUGUUUAUCUCGCUCUAAUUUUCUUUAUCAGAGAGAGUCCGCGAUGGCAAUUGUUAAAUGGUAAAACUAAAGAGGCAAUUGAAACCUUAAGAUUAAUAGCAAAGACGAAUAAUUUGAAAAUCAACGACGUAGUAACAGAAUCGGACGAGGAGAAAUUAAAAAGUAAACUCAAUAUUGGGGAGACUGUUAUGAAGGAAAGUUAUAAGAAGAUUUUUACAUCAAAACAGAUAUUAAAACGUAUAUUGGUGGGGACAGUGAGUCGUUUUACAUCAAGUUUUGUGUAUUACGGGCUGAUAAUAAACGCAGUAUGGCUGCCUGGGAACAGAUAUACAAACUUUUUGUUGUGCACAGUGAUGUCGUUUCCAGGCGAACUUAUAUCUUUGUAUUUAAUGAAUAAAAUUGGAAGAAAACUGCCACUUAUUGUUGGAUUUGCCGUUUGUGGGGCGUUGUGUGUAGGAUCUGGUUAUGUACCUACAUCACUGGUUUGGUUGAAGAUAACUCUGUUCCUAUUGGGCAAAGUGGUGAUAUCUUCAUGCUUCACUGGGGCUGUCACCUACAGUAUGGAGCUGUUCCCCACCAACGCCAGAGGCACUCUACUCGGAGUGUGCGGCUUCGCUUCUAUUCUGGGCAACAUGCUUGCUCCUUUAUCACCCAUGUUGUAUGUAAUAUCAUCCUCCCUUCCCACGAUAUUAUUCGGAGUGUCUGCAGCUGUGACAGCUGUACUAAUAACCAUCACACCUGAGACGAAAGAACUGCCCCUAUUCGACACCGUCGAACAAGUUGAAGCCAGUAUGAAAGCGAAAUCUCAUCCAAGUAACGAGAAGACUACAAUAUCUACUAUUACAUGA